CCUAACAGCAUUCCACAUUAAGCGUGAGCGCGGAAAAUCCAACCAUCACAUAAGCGCGACUAAAAAAUGUCACAUUUAGUAAGAAUUAUUUUUUCAUUAUCCAUGUCAAUUGUCACUGAUAGUAGGUGCGAUAAGAUAUGCUGUAGAAAGUGGAGAUAAACUUUCAGGGACAGCGAAUUUUUAGUCGUUCUAGCAUUUGCUAUUUGAUUAGAGCUAGGUGAACAUGGGAAUACAUGUUUUAUGGUGGAUUAGAGCAAAUGAAUCAUUUACGUGACACUUGUAGUUCAACAGCAAGAAUCAUCGCAGUGUGUGCAGUGAGUUCAAUUUACUGGUGAACCUACGUGAACGGUAUACCUUAUAGUGAACUAUUUUUAAGCGUUUUAAAAUUGAUGAUUACACGGUCGCCAUAAAUCUUUUCUCGCAAAUUAUCGCAAAAGAGUGUAUUAAUCGCGUGGAAAAAUAAACGAACUGAAAAACACCGGUCAAAAAUUUAUUGGAUUAAUGAAUAAAUCGCGCAAUCUAAAAAUGAAAGUGUUUAGUGCGAUUCUGACAUGUUUCUGUUUCCAACUCAGCGUUCAACUUAAUGAAGGCAACUCAACUUCUGCAGUAAAUCAAACUAUUGCACAUGUGAAUUACGACAUGGAUCCUCAAAUCGAGGGAUUUAAUAGUACAAAUGUAACAUCAGGACCUAUAAUAUUGGCAGAUAAAAAAACAUUGUUCAUACCAGACUUCCGCUAUUUGGGAAAAGACGACAAUAUAGAAUUUCAUGCUCUAACUGAAGACAGUCCAUAUAGUAAUUCAACUACGAAAGUUCCCAGUGAAUACAUUCCUCAAGCAACAUCCAUGAAUUUUUAUGUGAUUUUACCCGAAGUUAUCACUCUAGAUAACAUAAAGUCUUUCCAAGUGAGGUUGAAAAACCAACCAUUAGACUAUGUAAUUUUUGACGGGGUAAAUAAAAGUGCUAUCAAAGAAUUCAGCACAAGAACAAUGGAAGACUCAAUAUUCAGAGUCCCCAAGUGUUGUGCAGCUGAUGAGUAUUUAAACGAUACGUUGCGGAUUUGUUCAAAAGCGCUAUUUUCAACAGAUCUGGAUAUGAACAUUUUUGAGAGCAACGAAACAGGAUUGGAUCCAGACAUUUCACUGGAACGUGCCGAAUACAAAUUAAUACCAUAUUAUCAGGCACUGAUGUGUAAAAGCAACGAAGUUAGAGUCGCCGUGGAAGAUUUAAGUGGACUAAUCUACAAUUCGUCUUUAAUUAUACAAGGAUAUGGAAUCCUAACUCAUCGGGAGUACUGUAUAGAUGCACUCGUUUCCGAUAAUAGAAGCAGUAAAACUAUCACACUUUAUUGUGUACCCAAACCAGCGCAAGCAUCUGAUUUAAAUUUUUACUUACCAGUUUUAAUUUUGUCGACAAUUUGCUUUGCAUUAUCGGCUGCUGCCUAUGCCAUCAUACUGAAAGCAACCGACAUACACAAAAGAUGCUUUAUCAUGUUCUCAUCAUCAAUGUGUAUUACUUUUAUAUCUCUAAUAGUGAUGCAGGUUCAAAACAAAGCUGGAACCUGUAACUUCUUUGGUUUUGUGUUCCUUUUUACGGUGAUACUUUCCUUCUCUUGGCUGCUGAUUUUGUGUUUGGAUUUGCUUUAUCAAGUUGUAUAUCCGAUUGAACGCAAAAGAUAUACGCUUAGGUGGAAUUGGUACUGCGGGCUUUCUCUAGGUGUAACUUUAUUAUUAUUUGCCAUAAGUUUAUUUUCUGGAGAAUUAUGGGUACCUGACGUACCCAGUUCUUAUAUCAUGAACUAUGGAAAAACUAGAUGCGUCUUCCAAACCUCAUACGCCAGAGCCCAAAUCACAUUUGUGCCCUUGAUAAUAUCGAUAAUAGGUGCAAGUGCCAGUCUUAUAUUAAUACAGAAAUACAAAACGAAAAAUCAAAAAGAUACCUCUAUAUCUGAAACUCACGAUUGGAUUUCGAACGCCAACAGCUAUGUAUUCUUGUCCAGGACGUAUGGCAUCAUUAUAACAGUAGCUUGCUUUUGGUUAAUUGAUGUGUUCAUGUUCGCCUACCCAUUGGAGAGUGGAAAAACUCAAUUGGCUUUAGACGUAAUUAAAGCAGCAUUAGGCGUAGUAACAUUCAUUGGUUUUGUGGGAAAUAAAUACACCAGGAAGGAACUAAAGAAAAAAUUUACAAAUAAGAAAAGAAUCAACUCUGAGGACUGCGAAGGAUUAAAUGGAAUCCACACGCCAACUCCAGACACACAGUGCGAAAUGGAUACAUUUAUAAGCAACAACCAUGCUCAAAUGACUACCUUUCAAAAUAAUCGAUGAGCCACAAUCUGUUGAUUCUAAAGUAAUAAAAAAGAUUCUUUGAGUUGCGAAUAUACCAAAUACGUAUGUAUUAUAUUGCUUGUAAAGCUGAUCUGUUUGUGUGUUUUCUAGCUGAAAAAUGCGAUAGAUUUUUAGGCAAUUGAUUGAAUGGAUUGUUUCUUUUUAAGGGAUUGAUUGCGUAUUAAUAAAUUAAAAUGUAUAUAAUUGAUGGCCGAUGUGUAUUAUUAUAACUAGCAUUUGAGUUUUGUACUUUUACCAUAAAUUAUUUCGACUUUAGCUUUUACUGUAUAGUAUUAUAUUUAUAUUCUCUAUGAUUGUACAAACUUAUUGGUCUAAUGUAGAAAACAAAAUGUAGUUUCAUUUUUCAUAACUAAAUUUAAUUAUCUAUUAACAACUAAUUCUGCUAUUGUAAUCAAUUAGCAAUGUGUGCGGCGUUGAAGACUGAUUAAAUUUUUACAAGAGUUUAGCGAUUUUGCUCAUUAGAACCAUUCAGUUUUAUCGAAUUUAAUCACCAAUACCAAGUAGGACCUCAUAAUAAAUAUAUUUAAGUUCAUUUCUCAUUUAAGUAACAUCUGCCUUUUAAUAUUCUGCUUAUUUCAAUUUUUUAUUUUGUUUUCAUGUAAUAAUAAAAUGGUGUAUCAGAGUGUUGAUCCUUUCCGUAAAAUGAUACUUCUGUUGUUUUGUCUCCAAAAUUGUUAAUUAAAUGUAAUAAACAAAAUAAUGUAAUACUA